GCAACACAUCCUAUCUCACAACAUCUGCGCCACUACACCCCUACGCGGAGGUAUUGUAGUCCAUUUUUUAUCUUUCGUGCUACAGGUUUGUGCUCCAGUCGAUACAUUGUCGUUUUACGAAAAGGUAACAUAUCAGCAGAAUUUUUUUUUAUAUCAACAUCGCUGUGUUUAAAAAAAAAAAACUGGCGAGUGAGAAGGAACAUGCAGGUGUGAGAAUAUGCGCUUAGUCUUGUCUUAGGAAAAUGACUCUUGAGCCUGGUCUGGUCUGCUCACCUGUGUGGGUGCAUAUCGUAUACACAGAGAGAUCCAGCCUUGAAGGCUAAAAGUGCAGCAAAAAUGGAUGGGCACACAGAAACACAGGAGAGGAGGGAUGCUGCUGCCGUUGUCGUUGAGAACGAAGCUGAGAGCAAGCAAGUGCAAGAGGGAAAGUCCGAUGCAACCGGACAAAAUUACCUGGACACUUGCCCUGUUUGCCAUUUGAACUUUCACAGUCGAGAGCCCAAACUUCUGCCGUGUUUGCACUCUUUUUGCAAGAAAUGUUUGCCUUCGCCCUCGAGGAAUUUGGCCAUGGCAGAGCCACCAAACUCCCAGGUUGACGGCGCGACCAAACCACUGAAUGUGAUCCGCUGUCCGGUGUGCAGGCAGGAGUGUAUGGAGGUAGAUGUGAUGGAAAACGCCUUUGUGAAGGACUCAGUUGAGGCUCCCAGCAGCACAGUGGAGAGGCAGGUCCAGCUCUGUAUGACCUGUGAUGACAGCACUGAAGCUGCCGGGUUUUGUGUGGACUGUGUUGAGUACCUCUGUGCCACAUGUGUGGAGGCCCACCAAAGAGUCAAAUUUACCAAAGACCACGCCAUCAGACAGAAGGCAGAAGUAUCAAAAGAGGUCCAUGGUAUGUCUACUCAGAGGCCGAUGUUCUGUGACAUCCACAAACAAGAGCCACUGAAGCUGUUCUGUGAGACCUGUGACCUGCUAACCUGUCGUGACUGCCAACUAGUCAAGCAUAAGGACCACAAUUACCAGUUCCUUGAAGAUGCUUAUAAAAACCACAAACGGCACAUGGAGAGCAUGACCCAUCAGCUGCAGGAGAAAAAGAAACUGAUUGAAGACAUAUCAAACUCCAUAAACAAUGGACUUCUUCAGGUUGAUCAGAACCGUACGUCUGUACAUAAUGAAAUAAAGAAAUCCAUCUGCAGUUUGAUUCUCGAGAUUAACAAAAAGGGCAAGAUGCUAGUUAAUCAGCUUGAGGCUGUAACAAAGGAUCAUGAGAUUGUCCUGCGAAAACAGCACGAGGACAUUGGCUAUCUGUCCAGACACCUGGAUCAUGUCAUCAACUUCACCAAAUGGGCCACAGCCAGGAAUGGGGGCACAGCCCUCUUAUACUGUAAACGUUUGAUUCUGUUUCAGAUUGGAAACCUCCUGCGGGCAAAAUGUAGUACCUCGUUCAUACCACAGAGCACUAUACGCUUCCAGAGUCAAUCCUCUUAUUGGGCUUCAAAUGUUGAUCUGGGCUCUUUAGUGGUGGAGAGUGUCCCAGGCCACCAGCUGGGUGGUUUUCAGGGUAUCCCUCAUCAGCUCUCGCACGCUGAGCAGGGCCCCUCAGGCUCACCCUACAGCUUUGCCCUGGGAGCACCCCACAAUACUCUGGCUCAGCUCCAGAGGCAGGUGGACCAAUCACCCCCCACUAUUUUUUUUUACCUUUAAUUUUUUUAUAUUUUUUUUUUUCCCCCCCCCCCCCCCCACCCCUACAAGCUAAACUCAAAACCCCCCCCCCCCACAUUAAUAAAAAUAUUUUUUUAAAAAAACAAACCACCCCUCUUCCUUUUUAAUAUUUUCCUUUACAAAAAUAAAACCCCCCCCCCCCCAAGGUUUAUGGUGCCUCCUCCCAAACACGUCAGCCCAACUAGCAGCUUACCGAGAACUGGGUUUACGCCCCAGCCUCUGAGGGGAAUGGGAAGCAGCUCCAGCUACCAACCCAAACCUAUGGACGUAUUUUCCUCUUCACCUCUGUACACCCAUACGACACCACUGGCCAUCAAUGGUGGCGUCAGUUCACCUCAAUCAGGACAGACGAUUGAGCCUACAUAUCUGAAUAGGAGGAACGAUUCCGGUUGUCCGAUAUAUAUGCUGAAACCAAACUAUCCCCAGAGCCUGCCACCUUCUUUGCUCCACAGAAAUGGACAAGGACAGCAGAAUUCUCUAGGGUACGUUGCUGUAUCCCAGGAGGAGAAAACAGGGACUUUCACCUGGAAACCGCCAGAAACACACCAGGCUAGUGGAGCAGUGGGCUCAGCUGUCAAGAAAAGACGAAGAUCGUCCCCAGUGCCCAUCAUUGUCAUUAAAGAUGAGCCUGAUGAUGACAGUAGCUAUGUACAAGCCAACCAUAGAGCAAGCCUCCCUGACAGCACAGGUGACCAACCCCAAAUCAGUGGCCAAGGCGAGGGGAACAAAGUCCUGACUCCUCUUCAAAGCACAGACGACAAACCCCAGAGCCCUUUACAACCCUCAAGCAGUCCAUGGGUCCAGAGUGAGACUAAAGCUCCAAAUCACAUCCGUUCCCUGGGAGAACCGCAGGUAGACCAGCACCAAGCUCCGCUGAAAGGCUCUAAUGAAGGCUUGUGUGCUGCGUGUCAGACUGGGGGAGAGCUGCUGUGCUGCCAUAAGUGUGCCAAGCUUUUUCACCUUUCGUGCCAUGUUCCAACUCUCCUCACAUCUCCCAGCGGGGAAUGGUUUUGCUCUUUCUGCCGUGACCUGUUAGUGCCUGAGAUGGAGUAUGAUUUUGAAAGCAAACCUGAAACCAAAUCAGUAAAAAAGGAGCCAGAUUCUGAAGGAGGAUUUCCCCCUUUGGACAAACAAAAGUGUGAGAGGCUGCUGCUGCACUUGUUUUGCAGCGAGCUGAGUUCGGACUUUCAAGGGUCUGUAUCCCCCUCGGUACGUGCUAAUAACAGGCUGACUAUAAAAGGACCAAUGGAUCUUUCCGCUGUGAGAAAACGACUGGAAGCCAAGCAGAGUCUGUGCUACCAAAGCCCUGCAGAGUUUGUAGCAGACAUCAGGCUCGUCUUUGGCAAUCGAGCAGUCCUCAGUGAGGCUGACACAGAGGUCGCCAUGGCAGCCAGGAAACUUAAAGAGCUGUUUGAAGAGCACCUUAGGGUCAUCUUCCCUGACAAGACCUUUCCAGAAAUCAAACUGGAGAUGAUACCUACUGCCCCUCCUGACUCUCAACUCUCAUCUCUUGACAAUAUAUUCCAGCAUGCAAAGCGCCAGCGCACAUAUUCAGACUCCCAGGAUACCCCAAGCUGUCCCAGUGGAGAGGGAGUAGCAUGAAAGCACACAUCUUCUUAAAGUGCCCAUAUUAUGGAAAAAAACACUUUUUCUGGGAUUUGGGGUGUUAUUUUGUGUCUCUGGUGCUUCCACACGCAUACAAACUUGCGGAAAAAAACAUCCAUGCUGUUUUAAGUGAGAUAAGGGUUUCUGAAUGUGUCCUGCCUUCAGUCUCCGGGUGAGCUGGUCAAAAUCAGCACGGCUUUCUACGAGGUGGCUAGCAUGCUCGCUGGUUCUCAAUGGCAAAACACUGCUAGCACAACACACAAUAGUUCACCAUAAUCUACAAAAGAACUACUUGCAUGUCCCUCAAAAUACAAUUAUGAACCUGAAAUGAGCAUAAUAUGGGCACUUUAAUUUGUGAAGAUAUUCAACAACACUGCCAGCACCAGGUAAUAUGUGGUGUGUUCCACUUUAUUACAGACAUUUAUAAUACACAAUCACCCUCAGGUCACCUAAAAUGUUUUGAGUGGUAAAUUAUUAAAUUAUAUUGCAAGCAAACAACUAUGAUACAGGGCACCAAAUCAGUUCUAUUUUCUGGACUAAGCUGCAUUACAGCUGUUGCAUUUACUCUGAAUCUGACUUAUGCUAAAAGUGCAUACAUGCAACACAUGCAGGUGUUUACAGCAUGAAGCUGAGCAGCUAUUAUCGUGAGCAGUCUUUUGUUUUGGUUAAAGGUGCUCUAAGCGAUGUUGAGUGACGUUACUUCUUGUUGACAUUCAAAGUAUUUUCAAACAAAACGAAGACUAGCUCGCUCCUCCCUCCUCCUCAUCCCGUUCCCUCCCUUCUGUUCUAAAGCGCAUUACCCCCA